AUGCAAUUCUCAUUCGCACUCAUCGCCACGCUUGCCAGCAUCAUCUCUGCCAACCCUCUCGAAAGGCGCGACACUGAUCCUAACGGCUCUUACCCUGUGUGUACCACUACCAGCACGGCCAAGAGGGGUCCUUUCUACCUCAAGUGUGGACCUACUGGUGGCUACGUUCAGCAGGUUGAAGAUGGUCAGGCCUUCUGCGGUCCCGACAACGGCCUUGGUCCUACGUGCGAGUCGGACGCCAAGCCUUUCUUCUACUUGACCUGCAACGGUCUCCUCCGCGACAGCAAUGGCCGCAUCUUUGAGGUUGCCAAUGGUCAGCUGCAGGCCAACUACGGUGGUGGUAGCUACUUCACCUUUGGUCUCUGCCAGGCACCGAGCGCACAAAUGAACCAGCUCACGGUCAACGGCAUCAACACCAUCUACAUUUGCAAGGCCAACCCUCAGGGCACCAGCUACCGCAUCUACACUGGCUCUCAGGUCCCAGCGAGCAACAACGCCAACUGCAAUGCCAUCAACUUGAUCGCAGAGUUCCUUCAGUAG